AUGAGUGAAUCAAGAGCUAGACAGAAUUUUGCCAAAGAAUGUGAAGAUGCAAUCAAUAAACAAAUCAAUAUGGAACUACAGGCUGCUUAUGAUUAUAUGGCAUUCUUCACUUAUUUCGAUCGAGAUGAUGUGUCAUUUCCGAAAGCAGCUGAAUUCUUUCGAAAAGCUUCACAUGAAGAACGUGAACAUGCAGAGAAAUUGGCCAAAUAUCAGAACAAACGUGGUGGUCGUGUUCAAUACAGUGAUAUCAAGUGUCCAACUAAGACAGAAUUCAGUGGAUUGGAGGAUGCGAUGAACACUGCAUUGUCGAUGGAGAAGGCAGUGAAUGAGUCAUUAUUGAAACUUCAUGAAAUCGCUGUGAAGAACAAUGAUCCAGCACUGACUGAUUUCAUUGAGAGUCAGUAUUUGCAUGAACAAGAAGAUGCAAUCAAACAAUUUGCUGACUAUGUGACAGAGACAGAUCGAGUUGGAAGUGGACUUGAUACAUCAUUACCUUCUAAUCAAAUUAAAAUGUUUCCAGAUAACAUUGUAAAUUUAAAUUUUCCAUCAUUUUUACCUUAUUCAUCAACAUUUGCAUUAUUUAAUGAACUUAAAACAAAACUUAAACAUAACUCUCAUAUUAUACAAAACAAUAAUUUACAAUCAACUGAGAUCAAUCGUUCAUUAUCUCAAGAGGUUUAUAAAGAUAAUAUAUCCUUAUGUUCAAAUUCUAUGAUCAAUAAUUCGAGUAAUUGUUAUAUUGAUUUUGAUGAUACCCAAACAAUAAAUCCAAAUAAUGAUCAUGAUCAUCAGCAUAAUAAUAAUGAAAGUAAAAAUCCUAAUGAUAACAUUGAAGAGUUUUCAUUGAAACUUGAAAAUUUUGGUAAUAUUUUUAAAAAUUCAUUCAUUCCUCCAUAUUAUUCUAUACAGAAAAAUAAUCAUUUAACAUAUCAACAUAAUUCUCUAUUACUUAAAAAUAAUCAAUAUCCAUUACAUAUUAAUAAUAAUAGGCAAUCAAAUCAUUAUCAUUCUAGAUCAAUGUUAGAGAAUUCAUCAAUAAAAUUAGAAACAGGGAACAUUAAUGAUAGCAUAGUAACUAAAAAGGAUAAUACAAAUACACAAAUCGUAUAUCAUAAUGAUGAUAUAACUAAUGAAAGAAUAAUAAAUGAUCAUGAGAAUACAAUCAAACUAAAAAUGAAAUCAUCCAUAUCAACAACUAUGAUCGAAGAUAAAAUAACUAAUAAAGAAUUAAUUAAUAAAUCUAUAAAUCAAUUAUGUUUAUCAAAUCAAAAAAAUCAUAAAUUCAUUGAAUUCAAUAAGACAAUGAAUAAUAUUCAUAAUGAUGAUAUCAAUGAACAAUUAAAACGUUAUCGUACUAGUUAUACACAAAAACAAAUUGAAUUAUUAGAAAAAACUUAUCAAUUAGAUCGUUAUAUUAAUCGACCACAAAGAGCUAAAUUAUCAGUUGAAUUAGAUUUACCAGAGAAUAAAAUUAAAGUUUGGUUUCAAAACCGGCGAAUGAAAGAGAAACGUCAAGCUCUAAUGCUACCAACUGUUGCAGGUAAAGAUCCUUAUUUACGAGAAACUCUUUUAAAAGUUACACAACUAUAUUGUGCAACACGAUAUGGAAAUGAAUCUCCUAAUAUAGAUAUAACAAAAUUUCAAUCAAAAGUUUCACAAAAUAGAAAUGUUUCUAAUGAACUACGCAAACGAAUAAGAACAUCAUUGAAUCCAACCACGAUAACAUCUGUAUUAUCUAAUAAAAACAAUCACAAUAAUUGUAAAUCAAACAAACCAUCGGAAAAAGAAUCUAAUCUAAUAACUAACAAACAUAAUAUAAUUCAUAAACAGAAUGAGGUUAAUCAGUCAAAUAUAUACCAUAGUAAAUCUAUGCUAAAUAUUACAAAUGAGCAAGUUAUAUCAAAAAAGCCUAAAAAUGAGGUUGUUACUUUAGAUAGUUCUUAUGAAACCACUAAUUCGAAAUAUCAGAAUCAUACACAAUUCUCUAAUGAUACUAUUAUUGAUAAGAAUAUUGAUAUGAAUAAAUGGACAAUGAUUUCUCAUCCAUUAAAUCUUUCAACUUCAUCAGUUAGUAGUGAUGAAAAUCAUUCAUUAAUUGAAGAUCAAUUAAUUCAAACUAAACAAAAUAUACCUAAUCUAUUUUCAACAUUUCCAUUCAUUCAUAAUACAUCUUCAGUUAUGUUUGAUGAUCAGAAUGAAUCAGUUAUCUCAUCUACAAUAUCACAAAUGAAUUCAUUCUAAUUUAUUCAAAUUAAUAAAUAUAGAUAAAAGUUUCUAAAAAAAAAUCUGCUUAAUUAUAUUUCAAUCAUUAUCACUGUUUUCCUUGAAACAACUUGAACCAGGUUGUUAGGCGAAACAUUGGAUUUACUUCAAAUUCUUUCGUUGAAAUUUUACCAAUACAUUCUUCCUCUUUCAUAUUAUCACUGUUUACUAUAAAUUCAUGUAUGGAAGGGUUAGAACAUGUAAAUGAAUAGCAGUAUGCAUAGAUAAGAACCACUAUAUUGAUAUAUUAAAUAUGAAUCAAUUCAUUCUAGGAAGAAAUCUUUUAUUCACUACUUGAUAUGUAUACACAUAAGUGUACGGAUGAAAAGAUUACUAUUCGGUAAUUGACCAUAACUUUCACAUGAUAACAUUAGAUAAUAUAGAAGGCAUCAAUGAAUACUGUAUACUUCUAGUAUCUCGCAAGUAAUGUAUGUAAUAUACAAAACAAUUUUUCUCACAAAUUGUUAAUUAAUCAGUUUGUUUAAUAACUUCAUUACAUUGUAGAAUAUUGAUGACUAACAAUAACAUUGAAAUACUUCCAUCACAAAUCUUACUGUUAUUAUCAUUUUUUAUUCUGUUCAAGUCAAUUUUUUUAUGUAAAUGAAAAUAAUCUUUCUUGAACUACUUUAAAUGUAUCUUCUGCAUUUUUUACCGCAUAUGAAUGUAAUUUUCGUUAGAAACGUUAUGAGUUAUAGUUUGGUUAAUGAUGUGGUGUGAGUUACUUAUAUCCACACAAGUAGUAUAUAACGGUGGUCAGUCAUAGAAUGUAUUUCAGUAGAAGGUCGAUGAGGAAAGAACGGGAACG